ACUGAGCUUUACCCACUGGAUUUUGAUGAGCAGCACCUUGUUGAGGAGGAGAAGGUGAGAAGGCAGGUCUGGUCCCCAUGUACAUGCUGCCCAAGCUUCACAGCACUGCAGCAUUCCCAGGCUUGUGCCAGGGAGAAGGAGGCAAUCCCCAGGGCAAAGCCAACUCUGCUGACAUGCUGUGGGAGGACCUAAACUAAAUAGUUUGUGUUGUUGGGAGGAAGGGAGGAGACAGAAAAUGGGUUUGUUGAGUCUGUGUGAUGAAAGGCAAGAAAAGGAAUCUUGCAUAUGGCUUCUCUUCCCUCCACACACAGAUCCUGCGGAUGGCAGUGGGGUCUGAGUACCAGAAGAGCUUCUUUAUGCCUCCACGUGCCGUGGGUGAGACGCUGCCCCCAGAGGUGCUGCAGAACCAUGAAGCACAGAGGAGGCCAGAGGCUCAACAGGCAAAGCUCAAGGCCAGGGCUGAGGCUGAGGCCAAGGCCAUGGGCAAGGCAGCAGCAGAACUGCAGUGGGAAAAAGCUAUGCAGAGGAGCAUAAAACAUGUCAUGCAAAUGGAUAAGGAUGAGUAUGAUGCCCUCCCUAAGGAGAAGAAAGCCAAAGUGGAUAAAAUAAUACUGGAAAAGAAGCGCAUACGGAGGAACAGGGAGCUGAAGCGGCUGGCUCAAAAGCUUGAGGAGGAGGCAAAAGCCUUAGAGGAGGAAGAGAGGCGGAAUGAGGAAGAGAGGCAGAAGAAAGAAAAGAAGGGUGUCUCUGUGGGGAAGCAACCUACAAAACCAGAGAAGAAGGAAAGCAAAGGCCCAGGGAAGAAGGAAAACAAAAUUCCAAAGAAAGAAACCAAACCCUCAGAGAAGCUGGAAAGCAAAGCCCCAGAGAAGGACACCAAAUCCACAGAGAAGAAAAACAAACCUCCAGAAAAGAAGAAAACCAAAUCCACAGAGAAGAAGGGAAGCAAAAUCCUAAAGCAGGAAACCCAACCCCCAGAGAAGAAAAACAAACCUCCAGAAAAGGAACCCAAACCCCCAGGGCAGAAGGGAAGUAGAAUCCCAGAGAAGGAAACCAAAGCUCCAAAGAAGGGGGAACCCAAAGCCCUAGUGAAGAGGCAAACCAAAGACCCAAAGAAGGGAGGAACCAAAAUCCCAGAGGACCAAGCUGAGAUGGAGAAGAACUUGAUCCUGAGGUUUCAGAUCUAUGAGUCAUGGCAGCAGAAUUUCUCCUACUGGGACAGGGUACUGCAGGGAACCAUGCAGUUUCCUGUGAUCCAAAAAGGAAACAAGUCCCAGCCUGCAGCUGGAAGCAAAGGUCAGAAGACCAAAAAACCUCAGGAGAAGGUGAAGAAGCCAGAACAAAAAAGUGGAGACCAAAGGAAUCUUCAGUCAUGUCAGCUGGAGAUGCGAAGCAGAGUUGCAGAGGGGACAGUCAGAUGAUGAUGUUCCACAAUGACUGUGUAUCAUCUGUGUGGGUGGGGAGGUUAUCACCUGGUGCAAUAAUGCAGUUGGGACUCAGUUUCUUCAUGCAGGAAAAGACCAUUCUUUAUUCACGCAACUCAGUCGAUACAGUUUCAGACCUGGUGUGCAACUUUAAUUAGUUAAUAGAUUUCUUGCUCAUUACUCUAUUGGUUAAUAAAAUAUAUUUUACUUGUGCCUCAAA